AUGCUUGAUUGGUAUAGAAAGAAGGAUCCUAAGGCUGCACUUGUGAUAGCUGAGAAUGCUCCAGGGAAUAAUCAAAUUAAUUGUCCAACAAUUCAAAAAGAUUUGGUAAGGGCUUGUGCAGAGGAGACAAGUGAAUUAAUUAAGAGUGAAAUUGGAGAUCGUUGGUUUGUGGUGCUUGUUGAUGAGGCUCGUGAUGCAUCAAUUAAGGAACAAAUGGCCGUGGUUGUGAGGUUUGUCAAUGAUAAAGGAAGUGUGAUUGAGAGGUUCCUUGGCCUACAACAUGUUUCUGACACCACAUCAUCUUCACUGAAGGAAGCAUUGGUUUCUAUGCUUGCAAGAUACGGGUUAUCUAUAGCCAAGGUUAGAGGACAGGGAUACGAUGGAGCUUCAAACAUGAGAGGGCAGUUUCAUGGGUUACAAAGGCUGCUUGUGGUAGUUGUUGUAGCCAGAUGUUGUGCUUUAACUGAUGAUUUCUUCAAUUAUGUCACUUCAGUUGUCAAUAUUAUUAGUGCUUCUUGCAAGAGAAAGGAUCAACUUCUCCAAAAACACCAUGAUACUCUUGUUCAGCAAUUAGAUAGUGGUGAAAUAUCUCCUGGGAGAGGGAAAAACAAAGAAACUAGUCUUGCUAGGCCUGGUGAUACACGAUGGGGUACACAUCACAAAACAUUAGUACGUCUUAUGCUCAUGUGGGAACCUGUGCUUGAGGUGUUAGAGAAUAUUAGUGAUGAUGGUACUGAUGGGGAAAAAACUAUAGCAUCUGGAUUGAUAGAAAAAAUGGAGUCAUUUCAAUUUAUGUUCAUAUUGCAUCUGAUGAUUAGAGUAUUGGGGACAACUCAAGACCUAUCACAAUGUUUGCAAAAGAAAAAUCAAAACAUUGUUCAUGCAAUAGGAUUGAUUGGUUCUGUGAUGAGAAAUAUAAAUGCCAUGAGGGAAAAUGGUUGGGAUGAUCUUUUAGAGAAGACAAAAGUCUUUGCUGCCAAACACAAUAUAGACAUUCCUAAUAUGGAAGAUAUGAUACCAAUGAGAGGUCGUUCAAAAUGUCGUGGAGCCAAAUAUGUGACCUACUACCAUCAUAUUCAUCAUGGGAUUUUCAAUGUUGUCCUUGAUCAAAUAAUUUGUGAGUUGAACAAUCGAUUUCCAGAAAGAUCAACUCAACUAUUGAGAUGUGUUGCUUGUCUUGAUCCGACAAAUGAGUUUGCCAACUUUAAGAUAGAGAAAUUAGUUGAGCUUGCUAAGAUUUAUUAUGCUGACUUUAGUGAUUAUGAAUGUGAAAAGCUAAGAACUGAGCUUGAAAAUUUCAUGGAUGAAGUCAAACAUGAUGAAGAAUUUUGCUCUUGUAUUGAUCUUGGUGGCCUUGCUGAGAAGAUGGUUAAAACUGAUAGACAUACAUAUUUUCCUUUGGUGUAUCGCCUCAUUGAGCUUGCAUUGAUAUUGCCCGUGGCAACAGCAACAGUUGAAAGAGCCUUCUCUGCUAUGAAUAUUAUCAAGACCGACAGGAGGAAUAAAAUGAAUGAUGAUUGGAUGAAUAAUAGCAUGAUAUGCUAUAUUGAGCGGGAUUUGUUUGCAUCCAUUGAAGAUGAUAAAAUUUUAAAGCGCUUUCAAGGCUUAAGAAACCGUAAGAUAAACUUGCCACCUAAGGUCCCAAGGUGCGUAUUGUUUUAG